GUCCCCCUGGAAACGGUGCGCGCGUCCACGGCGGCAGCGGCAAUAUCAGCAGUCCGGACUAGCAAUGCCGGUGGUUUGACGUCCGCGCCACGCACUUUUCACCCGCUCUCCGCGCGUACUAUGCUCUUCUUCUAUUCUUCCUCCUUCACGUCUUUUCGCCCGUCUUUCAUCCCGACGGCCCGUUCGCGGUCCGACGACACCUCAUCCGUGCGACAUUUUUUUCCCACUCGGACUUAACCCUUUUCCUCCCCUCUAAAUUCCCCUCAGACAUCCAAACCCAUACCACUUUUGAUCCUUCGACAAAUAAUACCUCAUCAAAAGUGCGCUUCUCGUUUUUAUCAUAUUAUUUUUCUAUCUCUUAAAAAACAAACACACACAUAUAUUAUACCGUCGUUAUAUUUAUUAUUCUAUCUUUUGUACGAAAAAAUCAGAUCAAAUUAAUUUAUAUAAAUCGUUUCAAUAUAUUAUAUAUUAUACAUAUUAUAUAUUAUAUAUACACAAAUACACCAUCCUUAGUGCGGCGCGUAUAUUCAACCGGCGGCCAUAGGAAAUUGAUGGGACCCGCUGUCGUGGAUGGUACGACCGUUUCAAUGAGAAAUGGAAUCACUAACAGAGGACCAGAACAGACCUGUAGAACUUUUGUCACCGUCCAGAGGAAGGAGGAAACAAGCGAAACCUCAGCGGAAAAAUGCUUUACCGAUGGUAUGAUAAAGUGGAAAGCGCAGACUGUGACAUUGUAGACCGCCAACAGGAUAUGACUUUGUGUGUGGAACAAGAUGACGAAAUUAUUAUCAAUCCGGACACUAAUCACAACCAUCAGCCGCUGCUGUCGGCGGGUACCAAUACCAAACGACAAUUCAUCAAAAAUCGUAGUCAGACGGCUGAGGAUACUAAAGAUUCUUCUACGUCGGCAAACGAAGAUUGUACAAGUAGAGACGAUGAAGAGGACAUGACGGUAAAUGACGAAGGCGAUGGCACAGCUGCUGUUAAAGACGAUGACGAAGGGGAAAUGGCGAUCAAGGACUGUGACAAAGUUCCGUUGCCCGGGAUGAGUCUGGAGGGUCUUCUCAAGGACUAUCAAGACUUACACCACCAGCAGCAGCAACAGCAGCAGCAACAACAUUUACAGUACUGCCCGUUUUGUCGGGAAUCAUUUGACUUGGGAUCGCUAAAAGAACACUUAGAUGGUGGAUGCCGAGCCCGGCCGUCUUCGCCGCCCUCAACCACGGUUGCAAUCGCCGGCCAAUAUGGGUGCUUGCAGUGUAACGCUGCUUUUGGCAAUCGUGAUCUCCUCGAGAAACAUGAACUGCUCCACUCGCCCAACGCCCAAGUGUCUUGUAAGGUGUGCAACAAGACGUUCGCCAAUGUUUACCGUCUCCAAAGGCACAUGAUAAGUCACGAUGAAAGCGCAGUGCUGCGCAAGUUCAAAUGUCCUGAGUGCGAAAAAGCGUUCAAGUUUAAACAUCAUCUCAAGGAACACAUUCGCAUCCAUAGUGGAGAAAAACCGUUCGAGUGCUCCAACUGCGGUAAACGGUUCUCGCAUUCCGGUUCAUAUUCUAGUCACAUGACCUCUAAGAAAUGUCUGAUCAUAAAUCUAAAAAUGGGAGGCCGUGGGUCGCAAGCCAACAACCGGAACGCCGCUCACCAUCAACCGAACAACGGUUAUCCAAGCAAGCGUCCAGUCCCUAACAACAACAACAACAUAACCAACAACAACAGCAGCAACCACAACAACAACAGCAUUGGUGCCGGUGGCAAUACGUUCUCGCCCCUAUUGCCGUCUUCAGCGUCCAAGUACGACAUGCAAGUGGCACAGCCGAGUCCAACACAAGCGCAAUCGCUUACACCACAGUCAUUCUAUCACACACAACCAAAAGCCUCCGCGGCCGCCAUUUAUUUCCCAGGACUGUUCAACACUCAGAGCAAGUUCAACAUACACGAUCUUCUGCAGCCAUCGUUGAUGCAGUCGGCGAUGGUUAAGCAAGCACAAGAACAGGAACAGGAUCAAGAACAAGAAGAACAAAAACAACAGCAAGACGAUUGCUGUAGUGGUGACGACAAGAAUAAGACGACAGACGACGACCAGAAGGAGCACGAGAGUGGUGGUGAAGACUUCAACGAAGACGACGAGGCCGAUGACGACGACGACGACAAAUACGACAACGUGAUAGACGUGGUGAGCGUGGUGAAGAAGGAAUGCGAAGACGGCGGUGGUGCGGACGAGGACACAGCUGGCGAAACAGACGCUGCUGUCAAGAAACUCUUGGAGACGGUCAACGUGUCAGCGGUCACCAAACAGCUGAUGAUGGCCAACGCCGCGGCCGCCGCAGCGGCUGCCCUGCACCACCAGCAGCACCAGCCGCCGCCGUCUUGCGGCUCGUCGGGCGGUUGCCCCAGCGUGACGAGCGAUUCGCCGCCGUAUCACCACGGCUACAGCCUGUACCCCAAUCACAACAACCAUCACCACCUGCUCAACAACCAUCACAGAGCCGAAGGGCUGGUGGUCAAGGCGGAAUACUCGGCGGGCGGUAGUUCCGGGGCCUGCAAGACGACCAUCAACAACAACAAUAUAAACAACGGUUACGACGCGGGCAGCGACUGUUACACCGACGACGAGCACAGGCCGUGCACCACCGAAGAGGAAGACUCCGUAGACCAGGACGGCCGCAAGAUCCGCGUCCGGUCGCAGAUAGCCGACGACCAGCUGGCCGUGCUCAAGGAGUGCUACGCGGCCAACCCGCGGCCAAAGCGCGAGGAACUGAGCCGGAUCGCCGACCGGAUCGGCUUCAACGUGCGCGUCGUCCAGGUGUGGUUCCAGAACAACCGGGCCCGCGACAGGCGCGAGGGCCGCCUGGUGCACAUGCCGUACUCGCCCGCGUCCGCCGCCGCACACGCCGCACCCGCGUCGAGCGCCGAACAGCCGCUCGACCUGUCCACGAAGCGGGGACGCCGCGACGACGAGUGCAACAGCGGCCGCAGUUCCGUGUGCAACGUUACGCUGACCAACAAGUGUACCAUACAGUUCAAGUGUUGGACCGCCAACAACCGGGACGAUUGCAGUUCGUCGCCGCCCGCGUCCAUGUUGCAGCCGAUGCAGCAGCAUUGCCGCAAGACGUUUCUGGGAGGCGCGUACCCGCCGCCGUCGCCUGCCUGCGCGGCACCGCCCCCGCCGCCGCCGUCGUCCCACCUGCACCAUCCAGCGUCUCAUUCGCCCAUACCGGCCGUCGCGCUCCGGCACAACGGCAGCUUGAGCCCCGCGUCCGAGAAACGUUCGUGGAAGAGAGAAUACGGAGACUGGAGCGACAUGACGGACGAAGCCGAAGACUCGGGGUGUACGUCCCAAGACCCUGACGAUGCGGUGUCCACUGGAGCCGGUGCAGGCGCUUUGCACAACAACAACAAUAACAACAACAAAAACAACAACCACAACACUAGUAAUAGCGCAAUGGCGGCUGCUGUUGGUUCGCCCAACAAAAAAUCAAAGCCUUCAUCCGUGGAAUCUGCUGAAGUACCAGAUCAAAGACCGCACAAGUGUGACGUUUGCCCAAAAGCGUUCAAACACAAACACCAUCUGACCGAACACAAGAGACUGCACAGUGGUGAGAAGCCGUUCCAGUGUUCCAAAUGCAUGAAACGGUUCUCGCAUUCGGGUUCGUACAGCCAGCACAUGAACCACCGAUUCUCGUACUGCAAACCGUACAGAGAGUAAAUUCGACAGAUCUACUCAAAACCGACAGUAUAUAUAAUAUGUGUAUGGUGUAUAUAUUGUCACCGUCUCUAUACCGCUUUAUUAUUAUCUAAUAUAAUUAUAAUAUAAUAAUAACUACUAUAUUACUACUACUACUACUACUACUACUACUACUACUACUACUACUACUACUACUAUUUUAUUAUUAUUACUAUUUCUACCAUUCGCCUCGAUUUUUGACGGUUUUUGUUUUUCGUUUUUUUUUCCAAUAUUCUUAGGUUUUUUUUUGUAACGCCCAUCCCCUUUUUUAUUCGUUUUGAAAACAAUAAAAAAACAUUGUAAAAAAAAGAAAAAAAAACUUUAACGCAAUAUGUAUUUAAAAAGGGUCAACGUAUAUAUAUAUAUAUAUAUAACAAAUGUGAAAAAUAUAAAUGAAUAUAUAUAUAUAUAUAUGUAUAUAAUAAUCGAGACAAUAAUUUUUCGGGUUGUUCGACACACUCCGCACUGAUAUAUAUAUAUGUAUAUAUAUACACAAUAAUAUAUGUAUUAUAUAAAGUGAUGUGUUUUAGCCGUUAUCAUUCUGAAUUUAUAUUUUUAUAUAAAUGUUAAUUAUAUAGUAUAAAUAUUGUAUAAAGUUUGGCAAAAAAAAUAAAUUAUAAAUAAGUAUAUACAUGUUUUGCGUAUAUAAUAUGUAUAAUAAUUAAUGAUACCACGAGAGACAAUAACUAAAGUAAAAUAAUGAAAUAAUUUUUCAACUUUGUAAAUAGGCCAGUUUUCUAGUGUGUGUGUUUUUCCAUGAAAUAUUAAUAUAUUUAUGUAAAAAAAAAUCUUAUUAUUAUUACUAUAAAAAUUAUAUAAUAUACAAAUAAUUAAUAACAAAAAAAUUUUGAAAAAAAAAAUCGAUUUAUAAUAUAUAUAUAUAUAUUACAUAUUCUACAAAACGUAUGCCUCUAUAUGUAUUAUGUAUUAUGUAUAAUGUAUAUAAUAUGUAUAAUUAUAACUGACUUUCGAUUCUCACGUAUAAUGCAGUAUAUUGUUAUUGAUUCAAAUAUUUAUAUAUACGCGAGCUAAAAGAAUCAGCGCCGAUUUUUACUAUAUACACCUUAUUAUUAGAUUUGUAAAUCGUUUGUCAAAAGCAAAAAAAAAAACACGCAAAAAAAACAAAAAAAAAAACAUUUAACAUUUCCCGCUUAUAUAUAUAUACAUAUUAUAUUAUAUAGUAUCGUUAGCAAUCGUCCGUUACAUUUUGUUCGAUAUUUAUUCAUUGGUAUUAAAAGUGUAGUACCUACAUAUAUAUUAUAUUAUUAUUGUAUAGGUAUAUAAAUAGUAUUAUAAAUUUGUUGAAUCGACUUAAUCAUCCCCUCUAUAGUUAUAAUGUUUUAAUAAUAUAUAAAAGGUUUUAUUUAUCGCGUAUAUAUAUAAUAUAUAAAACACCAAUCACUCGCCACACCCUCUCCUCGCUGAAUUCAAAUUAUGUACAGUUAUUAUGAUUUUUUUUUUCGACCGUCGAUGGACGCAUAACAAUCUAUUUAUAAACAUAUUACCUAUCACACAUUGUAUAUACACCACGCGUAUUUCGAUCGUUUUCCGAAAUUUUCGUUUGUACUUACAUGCAGUCCCGCGUUACAUUACUAUUACAUAUUAUUAUGAUAUCAUAUAUAUAUACUAUAAGCUGCAGUAUUAUAUUAUCCAUUUCAAACAACGACGGCGGCAGUAUUAGAUAUUGUGCAGUUGUUAUGUGUACACACACACACACUCAUUUCUGCUAAAGCCUGUGCUUAUAUCUAUGUAUAUAUAUAUAUGCAUACAUUUUACGCCAUUUUAAUGCGAUGUUUUGUGGGACUAUUUUUUUUGCUAAGGGUCGAUGAUGAUUAUUAUUAUUAUUAUUAUUAUUAUUAGAAUUAUUAUUAUAUUUGAUCGGUGAGAAAAAUGAUUCAUGUUUUCUUUUAACCGACAAAUUAUGUGAAUUCAACGUGCCUAAAUAAUUAUAUUUUUCAGUAUUUUAUUAAUUUAUUAUAUGAUAUAAAUAUUUAUAAAAUACGCCGUGAGCGAAAAAAAAAAGUUGUAAAUAAAAUUAUAUAAUAUUAUAUAUAUACAUUUAAGGUUUGUGUGUAGAAAAUACGAUUUUUUUUUUUUAGUUUUAAAAUUGGGCUAGAGUGACCAAAGAUAAUUAAGGAAAUAUAUGUUUAAUCUUAAGCAUUCGUAAAAUUGUCUUACAUUAUGUAUAACUUAAUUCGUGUAAUAAGUACGCGUUUUCCGUAAAUUUUUUUUUUCGACUUUUAUUUUGUGCAAUGUGUUUUAUUAUUAUAUAUUUUUUUCUUUUUUUUAAGUUAAUAUAUGAUAUUUUAUGAUGUACGCUUUUUUUACGGUAUCUUCUAUGUUUUUUUGGUUAUUUAGUUUAUUUUGGUUAUUGUGAUUUUUUUUCGAUAAUUUUAUUUUACAUUUUUCAAAGAUUUUUCAAUUUAAUGUAUAUAGGCAUAUACCUAUAUACCUAUUAUAAAAUUAAUAUGAUUUUUAAUAUUUUAUUUAAAAAAAAUUUAUAUAUAUAUAUUUCAAUGUAUAUACAAUACAAUUUAUACAUAAUAAAUAUAUAAUUUAAUGUAGUUACCCGUACAUAAUAUAUAUGUUCGGAUUUAUAAAUAGGUUUAUGUUAUAAUAAUAUAUAUGCAUAAUGUAUUAUAUAUGGAAAAAUUAUAAAUAUGUAAUGUGUAUACAUAAAUGGCUAAAAUUUAAUAAUUUACAUUUAUUUGUUGUUUAUUCAUUAUAAUAUAUUAUAAUUUCAUUCAGACCUUUUCCUGGGA